GUUCAAGUUACUAUCAUCAAACUUUGCCGAACACAUCAGCACUUGUACAAGACGUCGAUGGAUCGCAUGGACCGUUCUCCCGCUGGCGGGGUGCAGAAGCAGGCGCGCUUCGCAUCCCCGGGCAAGGCGAUUGCGAAAGAGUGGAGGAGGUGGAGGUGGACCAGGAUAAGAACAUGAACAUGGAAAGCACGUUGAAGGUAAUGAUGAAGGACAUGAAAGAGAUGAAGGGUAUGAUGCGCAAGAGCGUUAUGAUAUUUCAGGAGGCGCGCGACGAGGCAAGGUCCGCGAACCAGGCCGCGCUCGCGGCAAAGAUGACGGUCAGCAGCAUCGAGGAGGACGUGAAGAGCAUGAAGGGGGAGAUGGUGGCUCAGGAGGAUAUGAAGAAGAGGGCGAAGGCAAUCGGCAAAGUCACCACAGAGGAGGAGGUCGCGCAUAUGGUCGAAGAGUAUUUGCUCAAGUUCGGCGUUGCUCCGAGCCGUCACCCGGCGAGCGCAAUGGCGGCAGAGUCGUGCCCGGUGGUCACGGGGGUUCUCAAGCAGUACAUGUCGGGCUGGAUGCGCAAGCUGGUCCAAUCCCUUGAUGUGUAUAAGAAGGAUUGGGAAGGGGAGGAGUUCAAAGGGAUCGCAUUCGUGAAGUUCGCGAGCGCGGUCGGUGCGCCCAUGGGCCCGAAGGGGUCCGAGCGCCUGUGGUGCGACAUCGAGGCCCCCGUCGAGAAGCGGGCGCGCAUGGUUUUUGUUGUCCGCCCGCUUCGGAACCAGCUCGUCGAGUGGAAGUUCGCAGCGUCCCCAGUCAGGGUGGGCAAAGACACGCGCGCCUUGAAGGUUAAGGGCGAGCCAGUGGCGAAGCCCAACGUCACCAGCAAAAAGUUCGACGUUGAUUGGAUCAGCGACGACUGGGAGAAGUGGAAUGAUCCCCAACAGUCUCCACAGCUCCGCGCCAUCCUCCAGAGCGCGCGCGAUCGCCUGGCCAGGAGCAGGGAGGGGAUGGCGAAGGGG